AUGCCCUUCUUUAGUGAUUUCAGGAUCCAUUUCUCUAAAUAUUCCUCGUGCAAGGGAAGAAACUCUCUCCAGACAUUCUAUUUUGGGCCCGAAUGGAAUUCGUGGCAACACCCAGCUCCUACCUUGAAUGUUGCGGUUCGUUAUCCAAGCAAUAUAGAUUUGUCACCAUCAGAGAGUUCCAUGAAUUCUUCUCUCAAACUUGGAAGUGGUUCUACUUCUACCAGACAGAAUUAUGCAGGAAAACAUCCCUAUUUACAGAAUCACAUGCCUACCCAAGGUCCUGGGGGUGGUCUGCUUUCACAAAACCAGAGGACAGCAAUUCCUCAAGUAUCUUGGGUUAGUAGUGGUCAAGGUGUAACAGAUCUCCCAUUCCCAAAAAGGCUGGGAGUUGAGUUUAAUGGGAGAGAUAGCCCUCAAUCUGCUGAGAGACAAAUAAGCUUGCAGACAACUAGUGCAGGUCAAAGUCAAACACGUCAGUAUCCAGAUAAUGUUGUUCGACCUUCUAUUGCACCUGUGAGUUAUCCGAUGAAUCCUCAAGGUCCCCGUUUCAGUCAUGGCCAAUCUCAAAUGGUUCAGCUUCCUAACAAUCCUAGAGGACAAGCUCCUACAACUUCUGUUGAUGGCGCCCAUUGGGUUCAACGCCAGAAGAUGUCACAUCCAACAACUACUCAUCAUUCAAUGCCAAUCCGAUUCCCCACAAAACCAGCUGCUUCUGUAACAGCCAAUCUUGCUCAUCCUUCCAUACCAAUCUACCAAUCACAAUCAGAGACUCAACAACAUGUUCGUGCUCUUAUGAAUCCAUCUAUACCUUACACAUCAAAUUUUAGACCUCGUGUUCCUGUGACAGCUGCUCCUAGUCCUACAGUCUCUCAUAUUACAUGGAAAGAUCCUGAGACAAGUCCUCCUGAAUUGACAAAAUAUAAAUGCUUGCUAUGCAAGAGGGAUCUUUCAUUAACAUCAGAAGGUGCAGUAUACCAGCCUACAGCACCACCAGCAGUUGCUGUUCUUCCUUGUGGCCAUACUUUUCAUGAUCAAUGUUUGCAAAAAAUCACUCCUCAAGACCAAGCAAAAGAUCCGCCUUGCAUUCCUUGCGCCAUUGGUGAAAAUUAGGUCCCAUCUCUAUUCUCAACCCUACUUUUUAUGGGUCCUUAUAUAAAUAUAUACAUAUUAAACGUAUAGAUAGAUGAUGAUAUUUGAGAUCAAUUGGAUGAUUUUUGUUCUAAUCACAUAACUCAAAACUCUGCUAAACUGGUAGAGAACUGAAAAGAUUUGAUUUAGAC